ACCGAGAACUCGCGGUGGUUGCCGGGACGUCGGCGGACUGUAUCCCUGCGCCGAGGGAAGGUGCGUGUCCCCAGUGUCCGCUCCGGUCGCCCAGUCUGCAAUGCGCGGUUGAGCGGCGUGCUGUGUGACAAAGUGACCGAAGACGCUGCAGUUGUGCUUGCAGUUUGUUAGUUUUAUUUGUAUCGCAAUACAGGCGACAGGUUUGACUCGUUGAGCUAGCUGACGUUAGCCCGCUUCAUUGAUUCGUAGAACGCCAGGUCCCGAGCUUAACCGCUAGCCGGCUAGCUAGCUAGCUUACGAGGUGAGCUAGUUUCCGAGCGUCGCUGGCCAAUCCAGUCGAGCACUGGGGACAGACUACCGGGCGGACUGGUGAUCGCGGCUGCCAGAGAGGCAAGCGCCAGGCAGGCCGGCGGGGUUGGGAGAACGCGACGGGGUGGAAGUGUGUCAGGAACGGCUGAUGAGUUCAGACCAGAGCGGAGAGCCGCCGUUGCUGCAGGAGGAGGCUGAUCCCGGACCGACGACCGGCGGGGAGGACGAAGCUCCGCCGAGGAACGAGGGAGGGUCGGGCGGCAUGGUCACAUCGAAAGGCACCAGUUUAAACCCAAAUGCCAAGGUGUGGCAGGAGAUGCCUGUGACCCCCAGUGAGGCGGUGACCAACAGCCCCCACUGGCCCUCUCCGGACCUCAGCGAUGGUUACGCUGAGCCGUCUUCUGCUGGUUGCAAGCCGUACACUGUGGGAUUCCCAAACCCGGAUGAAAGCAGCACAGCAGCUGAGAUUACAGUCAAUGGAAUGGACCCUCCGGAAUUGGCCUUUUCCCCUGCCGAGCUCACCACUGCAGGGACUUCAGCAGAUGCCAAAACAGAAGAUGAGCCUAUCUCAACAGAAAAUCUACGCGAGUCUCUGAAAAAAGAACUUGAGUUUUAUUUCUCAAGAGAAAACCUCUCAAAGGAUCUGUACCUGAUGUCCCAAAUGGACAGUGACCAGUUUGUCCCUAUUUGGACCAUUGCCAGCAUGGAUGGCAUCAAGGUUCUCACCAGUGACAUGGAGCUCAUUUUGGAUGUGUUGAGAUCAUCACCCAUGGUACAAGUGGAUGAGAAGGGGGAAAAAGUGCGCCCCAACCACAAACGGUGUAUUAUCAUCCUGCGGGAGGUCCCUGAGACCACACCCGUUGAGGAAGUGGAGUCGCUGUUUAACAACGGCAACUGUCCGAAGGUGAUAAGCGUUGAGUUUGCACACAACAACAACUGGUACAUCACAUUCCAGUCCGACACUGAUGCUCAGCAGGCGUAUGAGUACCUGCGAGAGGAAGUCAAAACAUUUCAGGGAAAACCCAUAAUGGCCAGGAUAAAAGCCAUCAACACGUUCUUUGCAAAGAAUGGCUACCGUAGCAUGGACAGCAGCCUUUACUCCCAGCAGACUCAGAGUCACUCCCAGUACAGCUCCCCCCUCUACAUGCAGCACGUCUACCCGCAGCAGCAGUACCCCGUCUACGGCAUCGUGCCCCCCACCUGGGCCCAUUCACCUGCACCAUACUUUGAAACUCCUUUGGCACCUUUUCCCAACAGUAGCUUUGUGAAUGGAUAUGGCUCUGGGCACUACAAAACUGGAUCUGGUUCUGUUACAAUCACUCGGCCUUUCAACAGAAAUCGUGUCCCCCUCUAUUCAAGAAAGAAUGUUAUAAAUGCCUUCAGAAAUCACGUGAAGCCCCCGGUGAGGACAAAUGAGGUGACCUCAACAUCCAUCGCCCCUGUCCCCCUGGAGAGUCUGACAGGACUGCGCAGUCCACAGCCGCAUGUCUCCUCCAACCCGGCACAGGCGGCUUCUGACCUAAGCUCCAUGUUCUCACAUCUGUCUUCCUCGUCUUCCUCCUUGGACCCCAACGAUGACAAUAGCAUGGCUGGACGUGGACGACGGAGCACAACUUACAGAGGGACACGUAGAAGGCGAGAAGACGAACGGAUUAUGCGGCCCGUACCUCUGGCCGAGGUUAAGGUUCCUCCUCCCAAAUUUGACUUGGCUGCAACCAAUUUCCCCCCUCUUCCGGGCUGUGUGAUCAGCACACAAGGAGAGCCCGUGCUUGAGAACCGAAUGUCAGAUGUUGUUCGUGGUUUGUACAGGGACAAGAUGGAAACGGAAAAUAAAGAAAGCAGUGCAAGUACAAGUGCAGUCACUGAAGAUAGUUUGACAUGCUCAAGUCCGAGCCAGACUGCUGCAAAGUCUGUCACACAACCACCUGCACCACUGGCCCAGAGGAGUCGGGAGAAGAAAGUGGACCAGCCAGCGGCGGUGGUUUCCAAAGCGAUUGCUAGCGUGCCUACUGAAACCGCCGUAAUCCCCGCCUCCUCCACGCAAGCUGUGCACAGCUGGAGGCCUCCCGCGUCGCCUGCUGCCUCGGCCUCCGCCCCACUGAUGCCUGCCACGCCACCACCUCUUCCUGCUGCUGUUUCUGCGCCUCCACAGGUGGAGCCCCGCAAGCUCAGCUAUGCUGAGGUGUGCCAACGGCCUCCCAAAGAUCUCCCACCCACCGCCCCGGCCCCCUGCGUCUUGGCGGCGGGGCAACCUUUGCGCGAGUUGCGCGUGAACAAGUCGGAGGAACCCGGCUCCAGCGGCACUCCUGGGGACAAGCCAGAGCGAGGCCAUGACCGAGAGGCGGCCCGUGAGUGCAAAGACGGGCGGCCCGCACGCGAGCGGGACUCCAAAGGUCACUACCGCAGCAACGUGCCCCGGGGCAACGGCCCUGGCCUCAAGUUCCGAGAGCAGAGGCGACCGACUCUUGCCCGACGCCACUCUCCGCAGGGUACUUACAGGCACGUGGGCAAAGAGCAGAAUAUCCCACCAGUAUCGCCAAAGUAAAAGAAAAGAAAACUCUAUGAAAAAGAUGUAUGAAAAUCUACAUGCAUAUAUGUCUAAUUAUAUAAAAUGAUUAACAUAAAAGCAACAACGUUAUGGUAGCUACCUUUCCCUGGAUUUUUUCCACACGGCAGCACAUCAAAGACUUGUGGGCAAAAUGACAGCUGGUGACGAGUGAUUUCAAAAGGCUUUUUAUGGCGUUGUGCUCAAAUGAAUUGACUUUCCAUGGAGGUGCUCUCAUUUGUGCUCGCCUUGGGAGAGGUAGGAUGCUGGCGCCCUGUACGUGGCCCUCUACCACCUUAUGAUUUCAAGAACAAUAUGCACUAAAGAGGAAAACAUGCAUAUGCCAUGUACAUAUACAGAUAUCACUAACACACAUUGAGCUGUGCUUUGAUUUGCAAGUAUGACUGAAAGGGUUGACUGUUUCUGUAUUGAUUGUUCAAACAAAAUGAUUGAUGUUUUAUGAGAGACAAAGAAUCCGACUGAAAGCUUGUCGGAUCCCAAUUCACGAUUGGCUUCGGAGUUGCGGCGGGCAAAUAUAAGAAGAUAAUGAGUUUAAGUUUUGCCUGACAUGUUCCUCAGUUUCUGCAAUGCUUUCUAUUUUCAUGUUUUGGAUUCACAACAUUGAUAAUCAAGCAGGAUCUCAGUUUACAUUUUUGUUUAGCAGGGACGAUACAAGACCAUUGGCGGUCGCGGAAUGUCUGAAUCGUGCUGAAGUACCGCCACGGCGUCAGAGUCCGCAGCGUUCCAUUAGCUGGGCACUCAGCUACUUUUGGAUGUAAAGUAAUUGUCAUUAUCAAGCUGCCGGAGAUGGCGGCGCACAGGCAUACAGUCCGACGAAUGUCUUUGUUGGGGUUUGACGGAUAUAUUGGCUCAAAAAAAGUUGAUUUUUGCAGAGACCAUAGUGAUAUAGUUGGUUGCGCUGUUAGCUCUUAAAACCCUUCACUAGAUGUGUGGGAAAUUUCAAUAGCAAGUUUGGAAGUUUGACAGCAGGGGAAAACCCGAUUGCGCUUUUUAGAGUGAGUCUGCCUUUUUUGAGGGGGAAAAAAUGGUUACUUUAGAAUGUUGAGGUUUGAGCUCACUGUAUGUAUUGCUUUUUACAUAUUUAUUAUUUGCUGCGUGAGGCUUUUCUCCCAAUAUUGGUAGGCUGGUUUUGUGAAAUCGCAUUAACAAAACCAACUGGAAUCAUGCUGCGUUGCAUGAACCAUUCAACAUGCCAGCAGAGAAAUAUUUGAUGUUUUGGGUGUGGAGGUGCAGUAAUCACUGGAGCUGCCAUUUGGGUUUUACCAAUGACGUAAAUUAACAAGAAAUGCACUAAUGUCCAAAUACAUCUGCUCGUGGAAAAUGUGAAAUGAUUUUUGCAAGCGUUUGCUUGACAGGCAGAAAUGACCACCACCCCGUCCUUUUAUGUUUGGCUUAUUUUAUUGAUUUUGAUUUUGGGUUGGGAUUGUCAAAGGAAAUAUAGAUAAUUGAUCAAACAAGUGUUUGAGACACAAUCCUAGAACUGUAAGAAUUGUCACCAAAAAAUAAAUUAUUUUGAUUUGGC